AUGUUCGAGCACAUCAAACCCGGCCCUCCGGACCCCAUGUUCGAUCUCAAAAGGGACUCGGACAACGAUCACAGCUCAGAGAAAGUUGAUCUAGGAGUCGGAAUAUACAGAAACGAGUCUGGCUUGUAUCAAGAGCUGGAGGUUGUGAAGUUGGCCAAGAAAGAGCUUGACCGACAGAAUCUGGGACAUGAUUAUGGGCCAACGAUGGGCGACCCUGAAUUUCUCAAAUUUGCUGCUUCGGUGAUGUUCGGAGACAGAUGUGAAGCACUAGCUUCUGGCAAGAUUUCAUCGGUCCAAACCAUCUCAGGUACCGGUGCGAAUGCCCUUGGCGCACUGCUGAUUUCGAAAGCCAUGUCUCCAAACAGAAGGGUAUACAUCAGCAAGCCGACUUGGGAAAAUCAUUUCGACAUAUUUCACAAUGUCGACAUGGAGACUGUGAGCUAUCCGUAUCUUGACUCAUCCAAGCACGCGGUGAACUUCGACGCUCUUUUGGAAGCAGUGCGGACGGCGCCUCAAGGUAGCGUGUUUAUUCUGCAGGGCUGUUGCCACAACCCCUCUGGCGUCGAUCUUAGUGUCCAACAAUGGCAGGAGUUGGCCACUGAGAUGAAGUCUCAUGGUCAGCUGCCUUUCUUCGACACCGCAUACCAGGGACUUGGCGAUGGGUUUGACGAGGAUGCGGCUGGUGUACGAAUCUUUGUCGAAGCUGGCUUGGAGAUGCUCGUUUGUCAGUCAUUCUCAAAGAACUUUGCGCUUUAUGGAGAGCGAUGCGGAGCUCUUCACGUAGUGGCAGAUUCCACCGAGGUGGCUGCGAACGUCAAGGAUCGUCUUCGAAGUUUGAUUCGGUACACAUAUUCUUCUUCUCCAGCAUACGGCAGUCGCCUGGUAAAGAUUGUGUUGAGCAACUGCGAAUUACGAAAUACUUGGACCCUGGAACUUGAGGGUAUGAGAGAGAGAUUGAAGCGAAAUCGGCAAGCACUAUAUAGUGAACUGACAAACGUUCUGAAAACACCAGGCGAUUGGUCGCAUCUUACCCAGGAAAAGGGAUUAUUCUCAUGCCUAGCGCUGUCGCCAGCUCAAUGCAAGACGUUGGUUACCAAAUACCACGUACACCUUCCGGGUUCUGGGCGCAUCAAUGUGGCCGGUUUGAGUGAGGAUAAUGUGCGUCGUGCUGCCAAAGCUAUUGACGAAGUCAUCAGGCAGACCGUACAGGAGAAGCUUUGA